AUGAGGAAGAAGCCUCCAUUUCAGAACCCACAGGCCCUGCCCGACUGCCCACCUGACCAGGUAAUUCGUGGCUUUGCUUUUUGGCAGCAACGCCACCCGGCGGCCAUACCGCUCACUGCAGCUCCAGGCACAGGCACCCUGCUCACAUCCUGCACCUGCUCUGUCUUCUCGGAGCUGCCCUUCUCGGCACAGCUGAACACCUUGACCGAAAGAGCCAGUGUCCACCUUCCUGUCCCCGGAAGUCUUGAAGGUAUUCUCACCAUGUCUUGGUUCCGAGGGUAUGACGCCCAGCCAGCAGCCAUGAUAUUCUCCCCGGAGGGCCUCCCAGGACCUGCUCACACUGGCCGGGAGAUGCUGGGAACCCAAGGCAGCCUGGUCAUUAGAAACGUGACGGCUCAGGACUCGGGCAGCUACACCGUUGUGCUGGAAACCAGCAGGGGACUCAGGAGUGCAACGAAGCAGAUCCAUGUCAAGAAUAGCCUCCAACUAAUGCCACUGAAGACAUUCCCAGCCGCUAUCCGGGGAGUCAUCCAGAGUGAGCUCAACUAUUCUGUGAUCCUGCAGUGGGUGGUGACAAUGGACCCUGAGCCCGUGCUGAGCUGGACCUUCAAUGGGGUGCCCUGUGGGAUGGGAGAGAAGCUGUUCAUCUGACGGCUGUCCUGGGAACAGCUGGGCACCUACAUGUGCAUAGCCACGAACAGCAAGAAACAGCUGGUCUCUGAGCCUGUGACCAUCUCGCUGCCAGAACCCAUCACGCAGCCCACAGAAGCAGAGCCCAUGGAGCCGGACCCCACUCUGUCCCUGUCAGGAGGCUCUGCCAUUGGGCUCCUUGUGGCUGGGAUCCUGGGAGCUGGGACACUGAUUGGAAGCGUGUGUUUCACCAUCAUCCAGAGCCUAAGGACUGACUGGCAGAGAAUAGGAAUAUGCAGCUGAAAUGUGGGCAACUCUCCUGUCAGCUUAAGAGAUGGGCACUUUGUACUUCUCUAUCCACGUGGGAAAAGACCCCAUCCCACAGCUUCCAAGUCUACAACAUCCAACAUCCCUGUUCAAGGGAACAACCCAACUUAACCAGACUCCCUUUGCCCUGUUUCUGAAACACCUGAAGAAAGCAUCUGAUGGGUUGACUUGGUGCCAUCCUUGGUCCCAUCGCUGUGACACGUUGUGCAAGCAAAGCAUCAGAGGCUCAUCCCUGUCUGUGGGAGCUCAUUGCUCAGCAAACAGGGGGGAGGUUUCACCUUGGAAAUUGGUCAGACCCCAAAAUAUGUCUUUUACACAUGUUGCUUUUUUUUCCUCUCUUUUUCAAAAAGAACCAAAAACUAAAUAAAAACACCACCA